AUGAACGCCGACAGCCAACGAGUUAACCAAGGGGAUCCUAAGCUAACCGACUCUGUGGGUCGCCUGGCUCGCGAUAUUGCGACAUCUAAGGGGCACGUAAACAUCGUUGCAGUAAUUGACCAACACGCGGCGAUCAUGCUUUACAUGAGCAGCGUCCAAUGGCAUCGACCACUCAAGGCUUCGAAACAAGCCUGUGCUCGGCUCAGGCUGAAUGAGGAGCAAAGGAAACUCAACCACACCAAACCGCGCGAGCUAUAUCGCCCGACAGAGAGCAUGACCGAAGAGAGUGUGUAUGAUAGGCAGAUCGUGCCGAAUCUGAUUAGUGGCUGCCGAACGGCGUCAAGUGAAUUCAAGCUUGGCGGAUCACCCCUCGGCAUCCGGCAUGAAUACAAGUAUUUUCAACAGUACUGGCUUCGACUUGUACGAAAUGGAAAUAGCGCUGGUCGCCACCCCACGGCACGACUUACGCAGAACAGCAAACUUCUCUUUGAACUCCACAGAACGAUCCACACAAGCACCAUGAAGUACACUCUAUCUCUCAUCGUCCUGUCAGCCUUCUUUGCGUCUGCUACUCCCACCCCAGACGACCUCAUCCGCCGCGACGGACCAUGUUUCCACGAAGACUGGGGACCAGGUUGUUGCGACAAAUUAAAACCUCACUCAUUGCUCCUAGCCAACGGCGACACUAGCACACCUUCUCCAAGCCUACUGCUGCUCUUUCGCUCAAGGAAGCACUGGGCUUUCCAUUCGGCGAUCCGAGCCCUUGCCCCGCCUGAUCAGCUCAAGAGAUUCAACGAGAUCGACGGCUACAUCGAAGCUUUGCAAUGGCUUGUGGGGUCCAUAUGGCUUAUAUCUGGAAAAAGAACGAGGAUCCUGGUCGAAGAUACUUCCUUUCGUAAGCUAGACCUGCCAGUGCGCCUCAGACGUAUAUUCUUUGCGAGGAGUCUGAGCGACGACAGCAUCCCGUGCUACGAUCCCGUGCUUUGGCACGAUGGUCUUAUUGCACAUGUCGAAACAAUUUUCUUCGAAAGUCUGACCGUCGCAGACAUGAUACAGCUGCUUGGACUCCAUGUCACAAUACAGCUUCUGCGCCGUAGAGACGAUAUUCCAGCCAUACGAGUUCGGAUGCUCACAGAUGUCGCGCACAUCAUCACCUGGCGCCACGAGCACGAAGAUUGCGACGUAAAGCCCCACUUCAGACAAGCGAGGCGAGCUUCAAGGUUGCGAGCGAACGACGAUGUACGACACCCGAGCGCGCAAGGCACUGCCCCUUAA